GCCGCUGAGCGUUGGGUCUCGUGAGCGCCGCUGGGGGGGGCGGGGCGGGGGUCCCGGGCGCCGCGGCGGGAGCGGGCGAGACCCUGGCGGCCGGCGGGCCCACGCGAGGCCGCGGCUUUGAGGCCUACCCCGGAGCGGGAGCUGCUCUGCCCCGCUGAGCUCCGCCGCCUCCGGAGGGCAGGCCGGCAGGCACCCCCGCAGCCGCCCGUGGGCACUGCCGAGCCGGCCCGGGAGGCGCCAGUCGCGGCUGGAGGUGGGUGAUGCCAAGCACAGCCAUGAAGAAAAAGGUGCUACUGAUGGGUAAAAGCGGGUCUGGGAAGACCAGCAUGAGGUCCAUUAUCUUUGCAAACUACAUCGCCAGGGACACACGGCGCCUGGGUGCCACAAUUGACGUGGAGCACUCCCAUGUUAGAUUUCUAGGAAACCUGGUGUUAAACCUCUGGGACUGCGGAGGACAGGACACCUUCAUGGAGAACUACUUCACCAGCCAGCGGGACAACAUCUUCCGCAAUGUUGAAGUCCUCAUCUACGUCUUUGAUGUAGAGAGCCGUGAACUGGAGAAGGACAUGCACUACUACCAGUCAUGCUUGGAGGCGAUUCUUCAGAACUCUCCCGAUGCCAAGAUCUUUUGUUUAGUGCACAAGAUGGACUUGGUGCAGGAGGAUCAGCGGGAUUUGAUUUUUAAAGAGCGUGAGGAAGACUUGAAGCGCCUUUCCCGUCCCUUGGAAUGUGUUUGUUUUAGAACUUCCAUCUGGGAUGAAACACUCUACAAGGCUUGGUCCAGUAUAGUCUAUCAGCUGAUCCCCAACGUGCAGCAGCUGGAAAUGAACCUGAGGAACUUUGCUCAGAUCAUCGAGGCAGACGAAGUGCUUCUGUUUGAGAGAGCCACUUUCCUGGUCAUUUCUCACUAUCAAUGCAAAGAACAGCGGGAUGUCCACAGAUUUGAGAAAAUCAGCAACAUUAUUAAACAAUUCAAGCUAAGUUGCAGUAAGCUGGCAGCUUCUUUCCAGAGCAUGGAGGUCAGGAACUCUAACUUUGCUGCUUUCAUUGACAUCUUUACAUCAAAUACCUAUGUGAUGGUGGUUAUGUCAGACCCUUCAAUACCUUCUGCGGCUACGCUGAUCAACAUCCGCAAUGCCAGAAAGCACUUUGAGAAGCUGGAGAGGGUGGACGGACCAAAGCACAGCCUGCUCAUGCGCUGAACGUCGGCCAAAGCACGUGGUCUUUGGGGGCAGAAGAAAAUGAGUCGGAACUAGUUAUUUUUAGGAGAAUCUAACAAUGUUGAUGUCUUUGGGCUUUGAAAUGAGUGUGCUGCUUUAUUUUUUCUCCUUUUAACGUUGGACACUAGUCACUCAGAGGAUGUCUGCAUACACUGUGGACCUUCUAAAGAGCCUUCCCUGGCCUGCGGGGGCUUGGGAAGAAGUGAGGAUGGGUGAUGUGCACAUGGUCUCAUACUCCUCGUUGUCAUAGUGGCACACGGCAAAGCCAUUCCGGAUGUUUUCCUCCUGGGUGAUCAUAUAAAUCACAGGAAUGGAAUAUUUACUGGUUUAUUGGUGGGUUGUUAGAAUACGUUUAUAAAUUUUUCCUUGUCUUCAGUCAUGACAAUAAAUUUUUGCUACCAGGGAUUUCAGAUCCUAAAGCUUCAGAAAAUGGGAUAUCUUUCUUCUAAAACUUGGGGCAGCUUUGGCAAGCAGGUAUGUAAUAGCUGCAUUUCUCCUUCCACGUUAUUGGGGUUGUUGACUGAAGACCAUUCCAGAGUUUCAUUUAAGAUAAUAGUUUUUUUCCCCUCAUGUGGAGGCAAAAUUCACUUGGCUGGUGAAGCAGUCGGGCUGGCAUUGGCCUCCUUACACUCGCCAAAGCGCUAGAAAGACCACGGUAAAUAAAAGGGGCCAAAGACCCUCAUUGACCAAACAGCAGGAUGGUCCUGGCGCGCCUGGUGUUGGUCCUGGUGCGCCAGGAGGGGCUGCGCGGGCACGGCGGAGCCGCAGGGCGCGGUGUGGGUGGUGUGUGCAUGAGCUAUAUUAGCUACGUUUGCGACGAGCCUGUCGGACAGUGUUUGGCACCAAUGUUACUUGACUUGUCUAUUUUUUAAUGAAUUUUUUUGUGUGCGUUUCCAUUAAACAUAGGAACAACAAAA